GAUGCCGCGAGCGGCGGGCGGAGACUGCCAGAUGGAGACGUGUGGCGAUGACUCAGUGGACAAUUUGGAGGACUCUGCAGCAGAGGAGGAUGAGGAGUCACCUAACGCUGACAACAAGCCAUCUGCCCUCCUGAACCAGUGGCCCCCGCUGGAGGAGGGGGGAGGGAGGGGGCCCAGUGAGAGGCCCCUCUCGUCCUCACCACCCGCCGCCCGCCGGACCUACAUCUGUCCCGAAUGCGGCCGCCCUUUCACCAAGUACUCCAACUUCAAGCAGCACUUACGGGUGCACUCCGGGGAGAAGCCAUUCGCCUGCGGGGGCUGCGGCAAGGCGUUCAACCUGCGCUCGAAUCUCCAUCGACAUCAGCGUACCCACACAGGCGAGCGGCCCUAUCCCUGCCCGCAGUGCGGCCGGGCCUUUGGAGAGCGUUCCAGCCUGCGCCGCCACCAGCGGACUCACACUGGGGAGCGGCCGCACGCCUGCCCACUGUGCGGACGUUGCUUCGGACAGACCUCGGUGCUCCGAGCCCAUAUGCGGGCCCACACAGGUGAGAGACCACACGCCUGCCCGGUCUGCGGCCGCCGCUUCGGACAGCCAUCGGCUCUGCGGGCACACCAGCGGGCACAUACCGGUGAGCGUCCGUUCUCCUGUCCUGAGUGCGGACGCCCCUUCCGCCACGCCUCCAGCCUGGCGCAGCACAGGCGGGCCCACGCUGGACUGCGGCCCCACCGCUGCAUUGACUGUGGCCGGGCCUUCGGCAAGUCGUCCACGCUCGCCCAGCACCGGGCCACGCACGCCGGCCUGCGGCCUCACGCCUGCCCCGAGUGUGGCCGCUGCUUUGGGCGGCCUUCUGCCCUGGCCCGCCACCAACGCCUCCACUCCUGGCGGGGAGAGAGGGCCUGCGGGGACUGCGGACAACACUUUGCUGACCCUGAGGGAUUCCAUGGCCACCAAUGCUCUCUGGCCAGGGGCGAUGUAUGAGCCAAGGCAGGGCCUGGGGUGUUGGGUAAGGGUGGUGUCCAUCUUUGGUGUUUCCUUUCAAUUUAUGUCAGGAGGGGUUGGUACCUGUCUCAGCUUCCUGGGCAGGGUUAAUCCAUGCACACAGCAUCUGAUGCAUCACCCCUUCCUCCUCCCUCACUCUUCUAGUACCCCCCCUUUCCUUCUCUCACCUGUCUCACACGCACACUGUCUCCCUCACUCUUCCCUCCCACCCACCCCCAAGGACUUCUUAACAUCUCCCGUUCACGACUCAGCCUCUCCCUCAGCCCUCCAUGAUGCCACAGUCUACCCUUGUCGUGAAGCAGCUUGCUACCCCUACCGAUAUCGGGGGUGGGGGAGGGCAUUGCUGCUCUGGUUCAUAUACUGAGGGAGCAUCACAUACUGUCAGCUGGGGAGAGGGAGAUGUCUAUGCGCUGAAGGGCUGGAUCGCUGAAGAUAGUUUCCUUCCUUGCCCAUCCCUCUCAUAUACCCAAUGCCAAUACCGUUUGCACCCAGUCUCUAUACACUGCAGUCUCCCCGUGUGCCCAGUCUCUAUACACUGCAGUCUCCCCGUGUGCCCAGUCUCUAUACACUCUGCAGUCUCCCCGUGUGCCCAGUCUCUAUACACUCUGCA